AUUCAUCAAAUAUUGGGCUUAUCGGCCCAAAACAUAGCACUCGGAUUACUCGAGAUGCAGAAAGUUUCAGAGGUUGAAGAUGAUCUGCGUAGAUGAUGAAUGUUUCUGGAGAAUGUGUAGGCCGUGAAAGAUGCGAGGAAUUAGCCAAGUCUUCUUCGUUUUACCGGAAAGUUUACUCGGAGGUUUGGUUAACCAUCGAUCCCUUCCCUUCUUCUGAAAUCGAGUGCUCUCACAUAUUCAACGAACCAUUGUUGUAUUGGUUUCUUAGAUAGAAGAAAUUGGAUGGGAACCAAUAAGGAGAUUAGGUGGAGAUUUAACGUUUUUUAGCUUUCACAUUCUGUAAGUUCCAUAAUUUUAGGGUUGUCUUCAAAAUCUUACUUAAUGUGAUUAGUACUUUGCAACCUAUGUAGCUCCAUCUUCAUGUGACAUGUUAGCUUUGUGCCAUCAUCAUGAUUAUGUACAGAGAUAAGAAGGGAAGAGCUCACAACUUAGAAAUUCAACUGAACAGAGACUAUCCUAAUUCACCACCUUCUGUUUCUGCGGUUUGUUAAUGUCAAAUCCUUAAGCUUUUUUCAUUCUCCGUAGCGAAUUAACUUUUGCUUCGAUGUAGGAUGUGCCAUAUAUGUUUACACUAGAAUGGUCAACAAGUUCAAGAUUGAAGGAUGUAAUGCACCAAUUCCAAAAGCAUUUGGACUAUCUUCAAGAAUUUUGGUCUGUCUUGGACAAUAUCGAUAAAUCUCUAUGUGUUGUUGAUGUCAAGCAACCAGCUCGUGCCUCUGCUAUUCGCCGGAUUGAUGCUGGGAAUGAUUGUAUCAUCAUUGUUCAUAUCGACUUCAAAGACCCUAAAUCCCUACCAGAGUCCCGGUUUAUUGGUCCUGUGCCUUCAGCUACGCAUAUGAACAACUUGCAUAUGUUAUGGAGAAGAAAUUGCAAAAGAUGGUCAAAUGAAAGAUCAUUUCCUGAGAACCUUGAAUGUAUUCUAGGUACUGAGCUUCCAAAGCCUCUAGGUCUCCAAGUGGAAGACGAUCAACAACAAGUUGAAUGUGGGAUUUGCUAUGCGCAGUUUCUACCCACCGAUGAGGAGCUCGGAGCUAGAAGUGGGACACGAACAGAUUACACAUGUGAAAACAUCAGUUGCAACAAGUCUUUCCAUAGCCUCUGCCUCACAGACUGGUUAAGGUCUAUCACAACAACAAGACAGUCAUUUGAUGUUCUGUUUGGGAACUGCCCUUAUUGUUCAGACCCAGUUGCAGUCAAAACCAGCAACAAAUAGAGUUAGACAAACCAUCAUCCUAAUUAGCUGAUAUCUGAAUGUUGUAAUGAAACGUGAUACAAAGAGAAGAGUUAGUACAGUAAUGAGUAGUAGUAGUAAGUGAGGACAAAAGUUCCUUUUUACUAUUUUUCUUCUGUACGUUUAAGAUAAGACUCAUGUAGCUUUCAAAUAAGAGAUGUGAAUGUACCUUGUUUUUUUCUUUUGUGGCCACUCAAUUCCCCAAAGCUGAUCUAUCAAUCACAAUCAAUGUGGAGUUUCAAGCAA